AUGGCCGACGGACUGAACCAAGCUCGGGCCUUACGAGUCGCAGAGAUCAUCAAUGAUUACCGCACACUCCUCGUACACAUCUCACAGCAGAGCACUCCCGUCCCACAGGAAGAAUACUAUGAAGAAGGCUAUGUCGUGAUGCGCGAAUGUCUCGCCGCCGCACAGUCUCUGAUGUCAUCGAAUUACAACCCUCACCCUAUGCCAGGCAACGGAGACGAGGAAUCAGAAAAGAUGCAAUUACAGAGGGUCAUCCUGGAUAGUAGCGCUCGCCGGUUCCAGGCACACAAGAUCUAUCUUCGUAUUGCGGCCGCGAAGCGAUGGGCUAUGAACCGGGCUGUUGUCCUCCGCGGCCACAGACCUACGGGUCAUCAUUCCUCGCAGUUGAAGGCGGUGGAUAGAACGUUCCGGGAGGAACUCGCCCAGAUCACGGAUCAACAUGUCCUGGCUGACCUGCGGGCAGCUGACAUGCGAGCUGGAUACUGGGUGAAUGAGGACCCCUCGCUCAAUUCGAUCAUUCGCUGGAUACGAUCAAGUUCAUGA